CCGCAAUCUACCGACUACUCCCGUCAGAGCCACCUCCCAAUGAUGCUGUACAGCUCUUUUGCACGCCAUUCAGAUGCCUCGACUCGUGCUCGAUGGAGUCGACGGAGAUUAGUAUCCAUCCGCUCCUGAUCGGGUCCUACCUCGGCUCCUCGGCUUAGCCCAGGUCGCUCGCUCCUCCCCACGGCACCCCAGACAUCAUCAGCACCGCACAGUAACGCGCGUAAGAGACUCCAUAUAAUCGCCGUCAGUCUCCAAGCUCUUCGGAGUACCUGCAACCAUUUCCUCCUGCUCAUAGCCCCUCUGUCCUUAUUCACUCUUUCAGAAUGCCGUUCAACACAGAGCUGACCCGAGCGCUCGGCAUACGAGUACCCGUCGUGCAAGGUGGCAUGCAAUGGGUCGGCUACGCGGAGCUGGCCAGCGCCGUCAGUAACGCUGGAGGCCUCGGAAUAUUAACAGCGCUCACCCAACCGACGCCCGAAGACCUCCGCAAAGAGAUCCGCCGCUGCCGUUCGAUGACCAAGAACCCUUUUGGCGUGAACCUGACGCUCCUCCCCGCUCUCGUGCCGCCGGACUACGGCGCAUACGCACAGGUCAUCAUUGACGAGGGGAUAAGGAUCGUGGAGACGGCUGGAAACAGCCCGGGCCCCGUGAUCAAGCAGUUGAAGGCUGUUGGAAUCACGAUUCUGCAUAAAUGUACAACCAUCAGGCAUGCACAGUCCGCGGUGAAGCUUGGCGUAGAUUUCCUGUCCAUCGACGGCUUCGAAUGCGCGGGACACGUCGGCGAGCAUGAUAUCACCAACUUCAUAUUGUUGAGCAGGGCGCGGCAGUCACUAGGAGUGCCGUUCAUCGCCUCGGGAGGCUUUGCGGACGGUCAGGGUCUGGCUGCUGCGCUUGCGCUCGGCGCUUGCGGCAUCAACAUGGGCACGCGCUUCAUGUGCACCGUCGAGGCGCCCAUCCACCAGAACAUCAAGCAGGCCAUCGUAGACGCGCAAGAGACAGACACCGAGCUGGUCCUCCGGAGAUGGAAGAACACCUCGCGCUUGUUCGCCAACAAGGUGGCUAAGGCGGCCGUCAAAGUCGAGAAGGAAAGCACAACCGGCAAAUUCGAAGAGGUUGCUCAGUACGUCAGCGGCAAGCGAGGCCGGCAGGUGUUCCUCAACGGCGACAAGGACUUUGGUGUCUGGACCGCGGGUCAGGUCAUUGGCCUGAUUCAUGAUAUCCCAACGUGCGCUGAGCUCAUCGGGCGGAUUGAGCGCGAAGCCAUUGAGACGAUGAAGAAGUCGCAGAACCUCUUCGUUGCAGAGGGCGACAGGCCGGUUACCGCAUCGGGCACAGUAGGCAAGAACACGAACAACCCAGGCGCGGAGCUUUGGGGUGUUGGGAAGAGCAAACUAUAGAGUAUAGACGUGUAGACUUUCAUCCUGAGCCACUUCCUACCGCUGACUCACAAAAUCGCAUCCAUGGAACCACAUCGCGUAGCGCUUCUCCAAGCGACGUCAAGAUUCUCAUUAUCCUUGGUCCACUUCCUCAACUGUUGCAAUUUACGUCUA